CGCGUCGUAAGCAUCAGCUCGACAGAGUGCCUAGACUAAACCGCGUUCUAGAUACGAUACUGUCCGUCGUUCUAAGAGACGUCGAUUUGCGAUUCCAAUGAGUAAGGCGCCAAUGAGAUCGCGUCAACUGCUCAGUUCCUAGCGCUCUGCACAGACUCCAGAAGCUGCGCCUCGAUCCAACUUCAACGGAAGCAAACGCCGUAAGACGAUCAGCAAGUAUGACUGCCAUUAAUCAUCAAAUCCGAGAGGCAACGAAGGGCCAAGUUGUUUCAUUAUCCUCGACCGUUCCUUGACUUUGAUUGACAUCGUUCUUUUGUGAUAUUGUACUCAAUUCUGAGACUUUGACGUGCUGUACCACACCGCGCAACACACCACAGUCGCUCACGAUGUACCUGCAAAAAUCGCUCGUUUUCCUCGCCGCCGCCGCCGGCAUUCACGUCGCCCACGCAGACUUCAUGGUGUACACCGAGCCACCCAUCCCCACAAGCGCAAUCCCCACCUUCCCCAACCCAUCCGACGCCGCCAGCUGGACCACCUCCGUCUUCCUCAACGCCAACAUCGCCUACCGCUCCUUCACCAACGCGCUCGGCGAGCCCUACAAAUCCUCCUCAGCAUCCGCCGCAUCCGAGAUCGCCGCCUUCGUCUCCACAGCCUCCAACUACAGCGUCCCUGCUGCCGUCACCGAGAGCGGCACGACGACGUUCUUUGGCGCGCCGACGUGGUACUCGGCGCUGCCGAGCGGCGCGCGCGCGUUCAAGGAACAGCAGGUCAGCGACCAGUUCAGCAUUGUCAGGGGCGUGAUUGCGGCGCGGCAGACAACGUCUUCGAGUUCGGGGGCGGCGAGUGCGCCGACAGGGUUACCGUUUGUGAGGGCGGAGUUUGGCGCGUUGGCGGCGGUGGCUGCGGCUGCGUUUCUGUAAAUAGGUCACGGGCGGUUGGAAGAGCUUGGGUUGUUAUGGAUGAUGUAAAUGAACGCAGCAGUGCUGUUUGAUGGAUAUAAUUUAUGAAGAAGACUACAUUUGGCUGACGGUGUGCGAAGGUAUAGGACGUUG